AUGGCUUUUGAGCAUGAGGUGCUGUUUGAAUUCAAUGUAAGUUGCAGAUAUGGAGGAGUUUUUCAUGUUGAGAAAAACGGUCGCUACAGUCUCACGCGACCUGAAGCCGUCGAACUCUGCAGAGCUCUCAAUGCUACCUUGGCAACACUAGACCAGUUGAAGAAAGCUCAUGAACUUGGAUUUGAAACUUGCAGGUAUGGUUUUGUAGUGGGACAUAUUGUUAUCCCACGAAUCAAUCCCUAUCAUCUUUGUGCAGCAAAUCAUACUGGCAUUUACAAACUUUCAGCAAACACAACUGGUCGGUAUGAUGCAUACUGUUAUAAUGCGACAGAAACAAGGGACAAAGGGUGUGAGCCGAUUGAAAAGCUAGAUGCUUCUUUCCUCAAUAAUCAGGGUGACAUAGUCAUUGACAAUGCAGAUGGCUCACGUUAUAAUGCAGAUGGCACACGUCACAGCGGGGAAUCCUCAACCUCAGGUGCGGAUGAUGAAAAUGUAGGUAGUGGAUCAACACAUGACACAACUCCCAUGGAUACCUCCAUCAGGAGAUCCAGCCCCUCAUAUUAUGGAAGUGCUACUCCCGUCUCACAGCUGCCAGAUCAUUCUUCUGGAGGGGGUGAAAAAGAAAUUCCUAGAAAAGAUUCUGAUGAUGAAGUUUCUCCUGUAUCACCUGACAUCUCUUUGGUGACGGCAACUGAUGAUUCCCCUGAAAAAGAUGGUGGACAGUAUCCUGCGAGUACUACUCCAGGGCCUCAUCAUGACAACCUGGAGAAAGCCACCACCCAAGCUCGGUGGAAUCCAUUCUCAAACCACUGGUGGUGGUCAAAUCCUGGAGAGAAGACGCAAGAACCCACGCAAGCAGCCAAGGCAGAUGUGACCUCAAGUGGCAAUGGUUCAGAUGACGAAGACUCUUCAGAGGAGGCGAUUUACCCAACAGUGUUUCCAGGCUGGGACAGGAGUGUGGCCAAGGAUGAGUAUGCUCCAAGUACUAAUCUUGGUUGAACGAACCAUGUCCUAACAUCUCCAGGGCCUCAUCAUGACAACCUGGAGAAAGCCACCACCCAAGCUCGGUGGAAUCCAUUCUCAAACCACUGGUGGUGGUCAAAUCCUGGAGAGAAGACGCAAGAACCCACGCAAGCAGCCAAGGAUGUGACCUCAAGUGGCAAUGGUUCAGAUGAUGAAGACUCUUCAGAGGAGGCGAUUUACCCAACAGUGUUUCCAGGCUGGGACAGGAAUGUGGCCAAGGAUGAGUAUGCUCCAAGUACUACUGUGGACUCACAACAUGAAACACUUCUGGAAAUCUCCACACAAGAUCGUUGGAACCCUGCCUAUACAGAUGAAGAGGAGCAGUUUCCUAGCUCUGCUGGCAGGGCACUAGUUACAAGUGAAAAUGAAAAACGUCAAGGACCAACCCAACAUCCACUAUUACACAGUGUUCAUUCCGGAUGGAUCAGUCAAGAACAAAAUCCUGCAAGUACCACUGGGAGUACUGAACAACAUGAAUUUACUGUUGCAGGUGAAAAUGAUAUUGAAAAGGAAUCUUCUCAUACAGCUAUGGCCUCCAACCAUGGGGCCAAACAGAACGACUCAGCGCAAGACCCGUUGGUGUAUCCAGGUUGGGACAAGGGAGAGGAUUAUGCCACACAACCUGCUAUAAUGGAUAGAAUUAGUCCUUCCAGAAAGAAUAAUUAUGAAAAAGAGUCUUCCACUACAGCUGUUGCCUCUCCUGACGGUGCCCACCACGAAGACCCAACUCAGCCACCUCUGCCUUCAGAUGAUGAACCAGGACAGGGCCCUGAAGUCAUCACGCAUUCCACAGACAGCCCUGGGGUUGAGGUCCUGCACAGGACCACAGCCAGUACGAGCAAAGCUGGUGAUGACUCUCCUCUGAUGGGUACCAUCACAGAGUCCGCGCAUGAUGUUAACCGAGAGGAAGCAACCGAGGAGCCGCUGGCACCUGGCACUCCACCUGGACGUGGAAGUGAACAAGCAAACACCACGGAGGGUUCCCACGUCAACUGGAUACCUGGAGUUUUUCCAGACUUUGACGAUCAUCUUAACCGAUUGCAGACACCUCUUCCUACUACUGUUGCCUCUCCUGACGGUGCCCACCACGAAGACCCAACUCAGCCACCUCUGCCUUCAGAUGAUGAACCAGGACAGGGCCCUGAAGUCAUCACGCAUUCCACAGACGCCCCUGGGGUUGAGGUCCUGCACAGGACCACAGCCAGUACGAGCAAAGCUGGUGAUGACUCUCCUCUGGCGGGUACCAUCACAGCCUCCACUGAUGUUCUGAAACCAGAAGAUAUAACCCAGGAAGCGUGGGCACCCCACAUCGUGGUAACAGCUGUUGCCUCUCCUGACGGUGCCCACCACGAAGACCCAACUCAGCCACCUCUGCCUUCAGAUGAUGAACCAGGACAGGGCCCUGAAGUCAUCACGCAUCCCACAGACGCCCCUGGGGAUGAGGUCCUGCACAGGACCACAGCCAGUACGAGCAAAGCUGGUGAUGACUCUCCUCUGAUGGGUACCAUCACAGAGUCCGCGCAUGAUGUUAACCGAGAGGAAGCAACCGAGGAGCCGCUGGCACCCGGCACUCCACCUGGACGUGGAAGUGAACAAGCAAACACCACGGAGGGUUCCCACGUCAACUGGAUACCUGGAGUUUUUCCAGACUUUGACGAUCAUCUUAACCGAUUGCAGACACCUCUUCCUACUAGACCUACCUCCAGUAUAUAUGGUAAUCAAGGACCACACAAGGGACAUUAUGAAUCCACUACUUUCCCUGGAGAGACCACAACAACAAAAAUAGUUUCACAACCAAGGUCGGCCCAGGUACCAGACUGGCUGAUCAUAGUUGCUGCUCUCGUGGCACUUGCAUUGAUUCUGGCAGUGUGCAUUGCUGUUAACAGUCGGAGAAGAUGUGGGCAGAAGAAAAAGCUGGUGAUUAACAAUGGCAAAGGGGCAGUGGAGGACAGGAAGACAAGUGGAUUAAAUGGAGAUGCCAGCAAAUCACAAGAAAUGGUGCACUUGGUUCAUAAAGAACAGUCAAAUGACCGAACAGGAGCAUGUGACGAAUUCCUGACCAUUAAUGAAACACAAAAUCAUCAGGAGCUUGACAUGAAGAGUGGAGUGUAAUGGUACCGAGUUGCCAAGUAGAUCAGAGCUGGGGAAAUCAAAAUCACGUGGAACUUGGACAGGAAUUCACAGAUGCACUGUGCUACUGAUGUCUUUUGAACAUAAUUAAACAUAAGUUUUAUCCAUUUUUAGUCACUUUAAAAUGGUGUCUGAGUUACAAAAUUGACAUUUGCUUUCUGAAAUAAGCCCCCAAGAGUUGCAUAAUGUUUUCAGUUCCCAGUUCCUCCACAGAGGACACUCACUGUGUCCUGGGUGUUAGGAGGGAUACAAGUCUACGUCAUUGUUCCCCAGAUGGAGGGUCUUCGCUGUGCGGAGCUGCAGAAGUAUCCAGUCACUCCAUCUUACCAGCAUUUAAGGUACUAAACUUGCCAUGGUACAAGAGUAAGUGAGGAACAAAUGUCAAGAGCAAAAAUCAAGUUUAAACCAAAAAGGUCUCCUAAACCAUGUCUAAAACAUCAGACUCCUUCAGAAAUGCCUUCCAGCCAGGAAGAGCAGUAGGUGCAUUCAGAGUCUGCCAGUAUAAAUGAAAAGUCGCAUUUUAUAAUGAUUUAUGGCUUGGUCUGCAAUGAGGGAAACCCAGAAGGACAAAAUUUAUUUAUCUCUAUUUUUAAAUGUCUAUGGGCAUACAGCAAGUCUUCUUGGGAGGGCGAAUAAAGAGAGGAAAACAUGAGCUGAUACAUAAUAAACUUCUAUACCUUAUUAUCCUAACAAUCUGUACAGUUAUCCUUGAGUUCUUGAGGUGUUCCUUGCUCUUCCCACUCCCUCCUUCAUUGCUCACAGUUUGUGCAUGUUUUCAAUGAGUCUGUUAGUUAGGCUAAUGAAUAAAACAGAAUGACCCCAGCUCUAUCACACAUGCACAAAUCAAGCAAUUGGAGAUCAUUAGGGAAGAUGACAGUAUUUUAUUCCUGAAGAAUAGGUCUCUCUCUUCUUCUGCUCCAUUUUACUUAGGAGAUGCUGAGCCUAGUAAAACUUGUUUCCCCUAUAACCGUUAUGUUACACCAGUUUGCUGAUAUUUUAAAAGUGGCCUUUCUAUG